AAUUGACACAUUGCUGUUGUUGUUUCGCGCCUUUUUGUAAGCAUCAACUUUGGUGCGCCAAAAUUACAGAACUACACAGUUAUUUGUCUUCACAUCUUUGUCCUGUGCACACGCCAGCGAGUGGCUUCUAGAUCCUGUUUUACAUUUUCCCAUUGAACAUCAACAUGUUUGAGGCACGGCUGAACGCUAGCAACGUCCUGAAGAAGGUCCUGGACGCGAUCAAGGAUCUUCUGAAUGAGGCUACAUUCGAUUGCAGUGAUUCCGGCAUUCAGCUGCAAGCGAUGGACAACUCCCACGUUUCGCUCGUAUCGCUAUCGCUACGCUCCGACGGAUUCGACAAGUACCGGUGUGACAGAAACUUGUCCAUGGGCAUGAACUUGGCUAAUAUGGCCAAGAUCAUGAAGUGUGCCAACAACGAUGAUACCCUUACCAUGAAAGCACAGGAUAAUGCCGACACCGUCACUUUCAUGUUCGAAUCACAGAACCAGGAGAAAGUGUCCGAUUAUGAAAUGAAAUUGAUGAACCUGGACCAGGAGCACCUGGGCAUUCCGGAGACGGAUUAUGCGUGCGUCGUUCGUAUGCCGGCAAUGGAAUUUGCACGCAUCUGUCGCGAUCUGUCCCAAUUCGGUGAAUCCGUCGUCAUCUCGUGCACCAAAGAAGGUGUGAAAUUCUCGGCUUCUGGUGAUGCUGGUUCAGCCAACAUCAAGCUGGCACAGACGGCCAGCGUAGACAAAGAGGACGAAUCGGUCAUUAUCGAAAUGCAAGAACCAGUAACGCUUACCUUUGCAUGCCGCUACCUGAACUCCUUUACGAAGGCAACGCCACUGUGCAACCAAGUGCAGCUGUCCAUGUCGGCAGAUGUGCCGCUGGUAGUUGAAUACCGAAUUCCCGACCUGGGACACAUCCGCUACUAUCUCGCACCUAAGAUUGAAGACGAUGAGAAUUAAGUUAAAUAAAAUAAAUGUAAGACUAUCCGUUUGUAUGUCCAACCCCAUUUCAUGUUGUUGCUUCACUGUACAAUCAUACACAAAGGGUUUGGUUUGAGCUAUACCAAAUUGCAGAUAGUAUGAAUCAUCCUAUGCUGAAUAGCAGCGUCGACCGUCACACGUCAGGACCGGGUAUCGAAUCCCUAUUCGCUAUUCACAUUCAGGCAAUUGAGUCAAGGAUGCAAGCAAAGGGUAGGCCAAGACCUUUCGAGGUUGUAGAGCGAAAACAAGAUCAUUCGAGUCGCAAAUUACGUUUAAGCUAAUCGAUAAAAAUCAUUCAAAUCAAUUAUGCGUCAACUGUUCCAGAAAAGUUAAUUCCGUAAAUUCUCAUGCCUACGAAGACAAUUCUGAUUGAAAGGUGCUGUGUAUCUUGAAAUUUCAUUAAGAGACACGCAUUUAACAAAUUACCACCCAUGGCUACCAUAAGUAAUAAGCAGAGAAUAAAAGUCGCUUAUUUUGAAAUUUUUA